AUGAGCCGCAGCAGCUUCAGCCGUCCUCCCGGCCGCCGCAGCCGCAGCCGCAGCCGCAGCAGGUCAAGGGCAGGGGGCCCCCGCAGCAGCCGCAGCCCCCGGAGGCCCUCGGGGGCCCCCAGCCUGGGGGCCCCCAGCCUGGGGGCCCCCAGCUUGGGGGCCCCCAGCCUGGGGGCCCCCUCUUCUUUGACGCAGCACCGCAGCAUGAAGAGACGCGCGGGGGGCAGCAGCAGACCGGAGUGGGAAAGAGAAGACAGGGGCCCCCACGACAGGGACAGCUCUCGAGCGCAGCAGCAGCAGCAGCAGCAGCAGCAGCGGCUGCUGCAGCCCUCCGGGUCGCAUCGCGCGAGCCGCAGAACCUCUGCAGACACCGGAGCGUACCCCAGGUCCUAUCGCAGCAGCAGGGAUCGGGAUCGGGAUCGGGAUCGGGAUCGGGACAAAGGAAGAGAGCGGGACAAGGAGCGGGAAAAGGACAAAGACAGAGACCGCGACAGCAGCAGACAGAGGCCCAGGCGCAGCGGGAGACACCGCGAGCGCUGCAGCAGCAAACAAGGAGACAGAGGCAGCAGCAGAUUGCGGCAGCGCAGAAAAGUCAGAGACAGCAGCACGAGGCGCUACAGCAGCAAACCAGAUUUGCCCUCUCUGUCCCCUUCGCCGCAGCCAGCCCCCCGACACAAACCGAGGAAGCCAAGAGGCGACACAGAUCCUAGCUGGCGCCCGCCGCGCUACGGCGGGCGCCGGUACUACGUGGACAGGGCCCGGCGAGUGAGCUGCAGCAGGAGCCGCAGCAGCAGCAACUGGGUGAGCAGCGGAUGCAGCAGCGGCGGCAGCAGAAGGGCUGGGGAGCGGCGGCGGGGAGGCGCAGCAGCAGCAGCAGCAGCAGGGUCGAGGUUCCGGAAACACAGCAGCACGCACAGGGGGCCCCCCGGGUCCCCCUAUGAGGAGCGCCACUACAGCCUCGCCAAUGGCAGGGGGGCCCCCCCUUCUGUGUCGCAGAAAGGAGGCAGCAGCAGACACAGGACAGAGCGCGUGAGCCGGCGUGCUGCAGCAGGCAGCAGCAGCAAGAAGCGGCGCAUGCAUUCGGACCACUCGGGGGUGGCGGGGUCUGGGGGGGGCGCAGCAGCGCAGGGGGCGCAGGGGCUGCUGCCGCAGCAGCAGCAGCAGCAGCAAAGUGCGCGCAAAAGCAUGCGCAAACAAAACAAAGAAGCAAAUAAAGAUGAAAUUACGCACUUUUCGUGGCAGCCAGGAAUGUGGCUCAACGACCGCUACAGAGUUUUGGCCAAACUCGGCGAUGGCACUUUCGGCAGAGUCCUGCGCUGCGCGGACGUGCGGCUGCAGACACAGGUGGCGAUCAAGGUCGUGCGGGACGUGACGCGCUACACUGCUGCUGCCCAGAUCGAAGCCGAUAUCUUGCGAGAAGUCAACCGCAAAGACCGCAGACAAGAGUCCGGCUGCGUGAGUUUGCUGGACGCGUUUAUGCACCACCAGCGCCACAUGUGUUUGGUCUUCGAGUGCCUCGGAAAAAGCCUCUACGACGUCUUGUCCGAAAACAAGUACCGCGGCUUCUACCUCGAAGACAUCAUCCAGGUUGCCAAGCAGGGCCUCACGGCCCUCGCCUUCAUGCGCGACUGCAAGCUCGCCCACACGGACCUCAAGCCUGAAAACAUAUUGCUGCAAGGCGAAGAGAUGUAUGAGACGCGAGCGCCCAGGCCCUCAGAAGAGGACGACUGCUCGACUCCUUUCCUGAGGCCUGCAAGCAUGCAAGUUAAAAUUAUUGACUUCGGUAGCGCUACAUUUGAGGAAGACUACCACUCUUCUCUUAUUAACACAAGGCAGUAUAGAGCGCCGGAGGUCAUUCUCGAUAUCGGGUGGGACAUGGCGAGCGACAUGUGGUCGUUGGGUUGUAUUUUGAUGGAGCUUUACACUGGAGAUGUUCUUUUUAGAACUCAUGAACAUUUGGAGCACCUGGCAAUGAUGGAACGCAUAGUGGAACCGUUUCCCAAGGAUAUGCUGAUGAAGGCACAGAAAGGCGCAGGCAAAGGCUACCUGGCUACAGACAGCCGGGGGGGCGUGCACCUCAAGUGGCCGGAGGGGGCAGCCUCACUGGGGAGUGUAAACAGAGUUAAGAACUGCGUGCCGCUAGAGGAUUUGGUGCUACCUCAAGACCGAAUCCUGGCCGAAUUUGUACGUUAUCUGCUGCAAGUGGAUCCUCGCAAGCGGCCAGAGCCAAAGGAAGCCUUGCGGCACCCUAUCUUUUCUCUUCAUAAGUGGGAUCGUUGA